AUGGCGAUCGGUACUGCAUACCGGCCGCCCUGGCUCAGCGUUCAGGUAUUCAUAAAUGCGUUGAGUGAUACAAUCAGCUCGCUCUCAUGGUACGACCAUGUCAUCCUAUUGGGUGAUUUCAAUAUAAAUUGUCUCAACUCUCUAGAUAACAGUUUUUUAGUGCUUAGAGAUUUUUUAUCUAACUUUGGCCUUCGUCAGCAUGUUGCUGAGCCAACACAUUUUACUUCAACCAGUGACACCUUGCUCGAUCUCAUUUGCACCGACGCAAAUGUGGUCCGAGUCUGGGUUGAUCACACACCUUCACUAAGCGAUCAUGCGCUGGUUGCAUGUGAGCUAAAUAUUCCGAAACUUAAAAGUCGACCUAAAUCUGUAUAUUUUAGACCUAUCAAAGAUAUAGAUCCAGUUCAGUUCAAUGCUCUAAUGUCAUCUAUUGAUUGGAACGCUUUGAGUAUGGGGAAUGUCAAUGAAAUAGCAAAUAACCUUACAUAUAAUUUAUUAGAAGUUUUUGAUUACCUCGCACCGAAAAAACUAGUCUUUAUAAAACAUAAAAGUUACCCAUGGAUCACACAUAAUAUUCGUCUUAUGAUAAAACGUCGUAAUGAAGCCUAUCGCAAAGCCCGCUCAACUAAGCAUCCCGCCAAGGUGGCGUACUACAAUGAACUUAAGUCGAUUGUUGGUCGUGCCAUCCAAAUUGAAAAAGACACAUAUUUUAAAACAUAUGUUAGCUCAAAUGUACGAAACCCUAGAACUAUGUGGAAACACAUUAAAGAAAACGUUAAUUUCAAACGAACCAAUGAUACACUGCCCACUAGUUUGUGUGAUCCGGAUAGGAUGAAUAGAGAUGUAACUCAAGCUAUACGAGAACUAAGAUCUAAUGCAAUUGGUAUUGAUGACAUCUCGCUAGAUAUGUUGACUCUAUGGUUCGAUUAUAUAUCGGGUACACUAGCAACACUUAUAAACAAGAGUAUAUCGUCCUCCAUCUUUCCGAGUAUGUGGCGUGAUGCUGUGGUGCGUCCUAUACCAAAAAUUUCUAGCCCUUUAGAGUUUAAAGAUUUAAGGCCUAUAAGUAUCUUACCAUGUACCUCUAAGAUACUAGAAAAGGUUAUCUGUAGGCAAUUAGUGGACUAUCUAGAGCGUAACGACAUAUUGCCCAAACUGCAAUCGGGAUUCAGGAGGCACCACAGUACCGCUACGGCUCUUGUGAGUGUGCUUGAUGAUGUAAUUCACGCCCAAGAUGAUGGAAAGGUAACCAUAAUGGUAUUACUCGAUUUUUCUCGCGCCUUUGAUGCCAUUAAUAUAGGCUUGCUUCUAGCAAAACUACGAUUUUAUGGACUGGAGGAGGCCGUUGUCUCAUGGUUCGCAAGCUAUUUACAAGAUAGACAUCAAAUCGUAGAAAUUAGAAAUGAGAGGGAGAAUGUGAUUUGGUCGCAGCGCAGCCCCCUUGUUAGAGGAGUUCCUCAGGGAUCUAUACUUGGACCCAUAUUGUUCAGCAUAUAUUCGGGAGACGUAAUUAAAUCUAUACGAAACUGUAGGUAUCACAUAUAUGCUGACGAUAUACAAAUCUACCUAUCGUUCAAGCCACAUGAGUUGGAAAAAUCAUUGGAAUUAAUUAACAGUGACCUAGAACGCAUUUUUGACUGGUCGAAAUCCAAUGCGCUGGUUUUGAACCCAAAUAAAACAAAAUACAUAGUCCUUGGCACCCGUCACCAAGUGCAGUUAGUGAAGAGCAAAGCCCCUUCUCUCGAAAUAAACGGUAGCAGGAUUGAGGGUGUAUGUGAAGUACGGAACCUUGGACUAUUGUUGGACGAGAAUAUGCGAUUCGAAUCGCACGUGUCUAAUAUAGUACGAACUUGUUUUUAUAGGCUUAAAGUUUUAUAUCGCAUCAGGGAUUCUCUUGAUGAAAAGUUGCGCAUAGCACUAUGUGAGACACUAGUACUCUCUAAGUUUAACUACAUAGAUGUUGUUAUAGGGCCACGACUACUAGAGAGAACAAAAAAGUCCAUACAAAGGGUUCAAAACGCCUGUGCACGCUACUGCUUCUACAUACCGCGGCGAGAUCAUGUCACUUCUUACCUGAAUCAGGCGUCAAUUUUGAAAAUGAAGAACCGUAGGCGAUUACACUUAGCCACAAUGUUAUUUGGAGUCAUUAAGCAUGGCGUACCUACGUAUCUGGUUGACAAACUUGAGUGGAGACGCAACGUUAACACCGCGCACUGCACAAGGUCAUCUCAGUAUGCCCUGAGCUUGCCCAUGCACCGUACAGCCGCUUUUCGCGGUAGCUUUAAAUAUGCUGCAACUAAGUGUUGGAAUAACUUGCCACCACCGCUACAUUUCCUGAGCGUGGCGUUGCCGAGCAAUGACGGCGGCCUGAGGCAAGCAGCCGGGUGCCCCUGCAGCGGGUCUCCGUGCUGCCGACGCCGCAGCAACGCCACUAUAGUGACUUUAUGUGUGUGUAUUUAA